CACUUGGCGUCAAAAUCUCAGUAUUUAUCACACUAAAAAAAUCUCCAAAAACCCUCCCAUCCUUAAAACCCAACUUUCCCCUUUUUGUUGUAAUGUAUCUUUUUAUCUUUCCGCUCUUUUCUUCUAAAUUUCUUCAAUUCUAGGUUUUCCUUAAUUUCUUUAUUGAACACCCUAGUUUUUUCUUCCUAGUUUUGGGUCUGCUUUUUGCAGAUAGAGAAAGUGGGAGAGUUGGAGCAGUGUGGGACGUUCUGAUUCAAUGGAGGCUGCGACCAGUGUCGCUGCCGCACGGAGCGGUUCGAUGAAGAUGCCAUCACCGUCGCGGAAGGAGUGGCGUGCCGUUUCCGACCAUCACGCGGUUCGGAACUCCGGUGAUGAAGUGGAAUUGGACAGAUCAAAGUUGGGACAAUCAGAUGAGAGAACCAUAUAUGAGGUGCAGCAUGGAAGAGAGCCUGAUGAUGUUAACUUUUGUUCAAAUAUGGUGGAUGGAAGUUUAGAUGAUGACAUAUUGCAGCAGCGGAUCCACGAUGUUGCUAGACAGAGAGAGGAGCUCCAACAGAUGGAGGUUGAACUCCGAGCUCAGGCAAUUGCAAGAUCAAGGAUCCUGGAAAUCCAGAGUAAAUGUGGUGCUGAAAUCAAAGCCCAUGCCAAUGCUGCUUCCAAGCUUGAGGAGCAACUCCAUGAAAGUGAACUGACCAUACAUGGAUUGGAAAGGAAAAUGGAAGAGAAAGAUAGAGAACUACAUGCCAUCAAAGUGGAAAAAGAAGAGGCCUGGGCAAAGGAAGACCUUCUCAGAGAGCAAAAUAAGGAACUGGCUACUUUCAGAAGAGAACGUGAUCAUUCAGAAGCUGAGAGAGCCCAACGUAUAAAACAGAUACAUGAUCUUCAAGAGCAUGUUCAAGAGAAAGAGAGGCAACUUAUUGAGUUGCAGGAACAGUAUAGGGCUGCUCAGGAAUCCAUUCUUUAUAAGGAUGAACAGUUGAGAGAGGCCCAAACUUGGAUUUCGCGUGUCCAUGAGAUGGAUGCUUUGCAGUCAAGUACAAACCACUCCUUACAGGCAGAAUUGCGAGAGCGUACAGAGCAAUAUAACCAGCUCUGGCAUGGCUUUCAGAGACAGUUUACAGAAAUGGAGAGACUUCAUUUACAUACAAUUCAUCAGCUUCAGCUUGAUCUAGCUGAUGCAAGAGAGAGGAAUGGUUCUUAUACUGAUGAAUCACAUAUAUCCCAAGCGAAUUCAAAAGAUUUAUCUCAAUUUGGUCAAAGUAAUGGAAACCAAGUGGAUUCUAAUGGAAGUGGCAGUACAAAUGCUAAUACUGGGGUCAUUUCAAAUGGGGCUUCAGACAAUGUUCAAUUGUUUGCUUCAGUUGGCAAUGCACCAACUCCGAAUGACUAUGUUCCGAGUGUUCCAAUUGCUCCACUUGGGAUGCCUCUGUACCUCCCUCAUGGGCCGAUGACUGCUCUCCAUUCGUUUGUCAUGCAUCAACAGGGGGUUCCCCAUUCUGUGGCAUCUCAUGUUGGACACUAUUCAAUGCCAGCUAUGUCAUCCAUCGAACAGUGGCAGAAUGGACAGACUUCAUCAGAGGGUUUCCAGCUAUCUGCACAGAACCAACUUCCACUAUCCCAAACUGAUCAAAGCCGUGGGAGGUCAGAUGUAAAGUAUGAAUAUGAAAUGUCAGUCAAUGGACAAGCCAUUCGACCAGACUAUCUGAAUCAUAUAAGUGAAGGGCGAGAGCCCAAUUCUGUGAUGUCAUCAUCUGCUGGGAAAGCACAGGUCCUUGAUUCAAUUAACGCAAGUUACCUUGAGGACCCCCAAAAUGAGCCCUGCUUGCAGCAGGUUUCAUCACAAUUUCAUGAUGCAUUGAGAUUGGGGACUAUUGAACAGAGCUGUGAAUCUGAGGAACAGAAUAUUCAGAACAUGAAUAAUCAUGUUCUGGAGGACCAUGUUCUAACAGCAGAAGAAGCAAGUACUGCUGCUAUUUUAGCUGAAAAGUUGGUCUCAACCGGACAGACUAAUAUCUUGAUAUCAGAUAAGACUUCAGAGACUGCUCUGCUUGAUGAAAGAUCAUUGUUGGCUUGCAUAGUUCGCACAAUCCCAACUGGUGGCAGAAUUUGGAUCAGUUCAACGCUACCAAAUAGGCUGGGGAAAAUGCUUGCACCUUUGCACUGGCAUGAUUACAAGAAAAAGUAUGGAAAGCUGGAUGACUUUGUAGCCACUCACCCUGAGUUAUUUGUGAUCGAGGGUGAUUUUAUUCAGCUUCGAGAGGGAGCACAAGAGAUGAUAGCAGCCACUGCUGCUGUUGCUAAAGUAGCUGCAGCUGCUGCAGUGUCCUCUCCUCAUUCCUCAUUUUUGCCUUCUGUUGCUGUUACCCCAAUGGCACAGCCUAAUCGACUAAAGAAAGUCCUCCCAUCAAUUGAUUCUAUCCAUGUGAAGAAUGAGAAUGGUGUUUUCAAGGAGUAUGCAGCCAUCUCUAAAAAUGCAGCUGAUGAUCAUUCACAGCUGUUAGUAAUGCAGAAUCAACAUCCCAAUGGCAUUUGUUUUGGUGUGACAGGAGGUCUCUCAAAUGUAAAGAUAUUGAGCAAAUCUAAAGAUCCUACUGAAAUUAAUGGAGCAAAUUUUGAGAGAUUAAGUGUGACAAGUGUUGAAAGCAAGGCCUCUGGUCAUGGAAGGUCUAAUUCAGAUUUUGUUGGAAAACAGCAGGGCAGGGCUGCUGGGGCAGCAAUAUCUUUUAGAAGAUAGUGAGUGCAUUCACCUCAAUGGAUAUGGUGAAUUGCAAUGUUAAGGUGUGGGACAUGCAUUAUGCGGAUUGCAAGCAUCUCGGAAUUUGAUUUGUUGUUAAAUGUAUCUCCUGAUCUUUGGUCAACAGCAUCUUUUGCAUCUGAGAAAAUUCUCAGCUGACUAUUCAAAUUGUUUUGCGCCAUUUGGCCCCCCCAUCUGUUAGAAAAACACUAAUUGUUUUUCUGUGUUCUUGUCAUACACAAGAUGGACAUUUUAUUUCCUGCAUCAGUAUCCAACUAUGCACGCACCUAUUUGCAACUGUGCAUCCGGUAGUUCAUACUCAUUUCACUUCGUGAAUUCUUAAGUAAUUAAAGCAAUGGUGAUUCGAUUGAAAUGUCAG